AUGGGAGCCGGGGAAACAGGAAGAUGGUUUGAAAAAAAUUUGAAAAGGAAGAUUGGAGAUGGAGGAAAUACUAAAUUCUGGCUUCAUGCUUGGAAGGGGGAGCAGACUCUUAAGUCCUUAUUCCCACGUCUUUUCCUCCUCAGCAAUAAAAAGAAUGGGAAUAUCAAUGAAAUGGGAGAAUGGAUUGAUGAGAGAUGGGUUUGGAAUCUCAAUUGGAGUAGGGAGCUCCUUGACAGGGAGGUUGAGGCUUCUCGUUCUUUGCUUAAUCAUAUUUCAGGUUUCUACCCUCUUGAAGGCUCAGCGGACAAAUGGAUUUGGAGAGCUCAUAAAGAAGGAGUCUACACCGCCAAAUCUGCAUAUCAAGCAAUUAGGGAGCAAAGAGAGGAGAGAAUGGCAGAUCCGGAGGAGAUGAAAUCUUUUGCAGACUUGUGGGAUACACCGGCCCCUCAGAAAGUCCGUGUGACAGCAUGGAGAGUCUUCAGAAAUCGACUUCCAACUUGUGACAACCUUACCAGAAGAAAUGUUUUACUUGGAGAAGUGGAGAAGGGUUGUGUGGCUUGUUUUUAUUUACAGGAGUCGACGACCCACCUUUUCGUUGAGUGCCCAAAAUCAAAAUGA